CACAACAAAUAAAAAAAAAAAAAAAAAGUUAUUUGUAUAUUAGUUUAUUUUUUUUAAUAGUAUAAUACAUAUUUGAAUUCAGCAGUAUUUUUUAAUUAUGCAAAUUUUUGUUAAAACACUUACUGGUAAGACCAUUACCCUUGAGGUAGAAGGCUCAGAUACCAUUGAAAACGUUAAAACUAAAAUCCAAGACAAAGAAGGUAUCCCACCAGACCAACAACGUCUCAUUUUUGCUGGUAAACAAUUAGAAGAUGGUCGUACUCUUUCUGACUAUAAUAUUCAAAAAGAAUCAACUCUCCAUUUAGUUCUUAGAUUAAGAGGUGGUAUGCAAAUUUUCGUCAAAACCCUUACUGGUAAAACCAUCACCCUCGAAGUCGAAGGCUCAGAUACCAUCGAAAACGUCAAAACCAAGAUUCAAGAUAAAGAAGGUAUCCCACCAGAUCAACAACGUCUCAUUUUUGCCGGUAAACAAUUAGAAGAUGGUCGUACUCUCUCUGACUACAACAUUCAAAAAGAAUCAACUCUCCAUUUAGUUUUAAGACUCCGUGGUGGUAUGCAAAUUUUUGUCAAAACCCUUACUGGUAAAACCAUCACCCUCGAAGUCGAAGGUUCAGAUACCAUUGAAAAUGUUAAAACCAAAAUCCAAGACAAAGAAGGUAUCCCACCAGACCAACAACGUCUUAUUUUCGCUGGUAAACAAUUAGAAGAUGGUCGUACUCUUUCUGAUUACAAUAUUCAAAAAGAAUCAACUCUCCAUUUAGUUCUUAGAUUAAGAGGUGGUAUGCAAAUUUUCGUCAAAACCUUAACCGGUAAAACCAUCACCCUCGAAGUCGAAGGUUCAGAUACCAUCGAAAACGUCAAAACCAAGAUUCAAGAUAAAGAAGAAGAUGGUCGUACUCUUUCUGACUACAAUAUUCAAAAAGAAUCAACUCUCCAUUUAGUUCUUAGAUUAAGAGGUGGUAUGCAAAUUUUUGUCAAAACCCUUACUGGUAAAACCAUCACCCUCGAAGUCGAAGGCUCAGAUACCAUUGAAAACGUCAAAACCAAGAUUCAAGACAAGGAAGGUAUCCCACCAGAUCAACAACGUCUCAUUUUUGCCGGUAAACAAUUAGAAGAUGGUCGUACUCUUUCUGACUAUAACAUUCAAAAAGAAUCAACUCUCCAUUUAGUUCUCAGAUUAAGAGGUGGUCUUUAAAAUAUCACCAAAAUAAAUUAUUAAUAAAAAAUAUCAUUUUUUAUUCAUCCCCCCCC